UUUUCUCUUUGACCAAUGUGUAUUAUUGAGCAUUGUACGAGUCUGUUGUUGACCACCGUGUUUUGUUACGUACAAAGACGCAAUCGUCAGUGACAGAGGAAGUGUGCUAUAAGUUUCAGUAUGUCAGCAACUACUAACAAACAGUAUGGCCUAAUAGUUCCAAAAAAGCCAGGUCAGUCUGGAUUACAACCUCGACUCUCGGUAUUUAAUGACAAUAGUGAUUCUGGAGAUGAAGGAGGUGACUGGGUAAAACGAGCCUUGAAGCGAGAUUCUCAGAAGAGUUUACAGAAGAAACAAACUAAACUUGAAAUGGAAAAAGCAUUGGCCGUGGAUCCUACAGUUUAUCAGUACGAUGAGAUAUACGAUAAAAUGGAGAAAAAGAAAGCAGAGGAAAAAAAACUGAAAUCAACUGACAAGAAGCCAAAAUACAUUCAGUCUCUCUUGAAGCAAGCCGAGCGUCGCAAGAAAGAACAAGAACGUCGAUAUGAACGUGAAGUACAGCGAGAACGAGAGGCAGAAGGAGAACAGUUCAAAGAUAAAGAGUCAUUUGUCACUGCUGCUUAUCGAGCAAAGCUUGAGGAAUUUCGCAAAAUGGAUGAACAGGAAAAACAUAUGGAACAUUUGGAAGCAAUAAUGGAUGUUUCCAAGCAGAAGGAUCUCAGUGGAUUUUACAGGCAUUUAUAUCGUCAGGCAACUGGUGAGUCUCCAGCAUCCAAUUCAAAUGUAGUAAAAGUUAAAGAAGAACCACCAGAUCCUUCUCCCUCUUCAUACAAUGAGGAAGGUGACGUAAAGGCAAAGGAGAACAGUAAUAAGGCCAUUGCAGAAGGUGAUGCAAAGCGCAUGAUGGUUCCUACUGAAAGACAAUACAGAAAACGUCGUGCCUCUUCUUCUGAUAGAGAAGAUACUCACACCAGAAAGAGAACAGUACCAACCUCCAAUGGUGAUAAAAAUACUCUUGAAUCGGACAGUUCGAGUUCCCCUAGUGAUAGCUCGAGUGAUGACUCGAGUGAUUCAGAAGAAAUUUCAGAAAAUGUCAGCAACAACAAAGAAAAAUGUGAAGCUGAUAAAAUGGAGGCUGUUGCAAAAGACUCAAAGGAAUUGGACACAAGCAAACAAGGAGAUAAGAAAGUUGGUGAAGAAACUGUAGAGACUACAGAGCCUGUUCCAAAGUGCAACAUUUGGGAAAAACGUACAGUUGGACCCCUAUUUGAAGCUGCAUUGGAGCGAUACUAUGCUAGGAAAGCAGCAAGGCUUGCUGGGUGAUAAUCUUUUGUGUUUUAAAACAUAUGGAGCUACAGCUGUUGUAGAUAUUUCUAUGCACAGAUUUGAAAUUUGUUUUGUUUCCUAUUUUUGUGCGUGCUUGAUAACUGUUAAGAGACAACAUUGUAAAUGACCGACUGGCUGGUGAAUACAGGGAAAAAGUAGUUUUCCCAUUACAAACAGCUAGUGGUAACAUGACAAUUUCAGUUCCUUCUCAUUUACUAUUUUUUUCCCUACAGUAGUGGUUUUUUUUUAUCUGUCGUCCCACCCCCAGAGUACUUAGCAUGUUCUUUCAUGCUACCUCUAUCUUGGAAUUCUAAUUUUAACAAGUGUCUUCAGAAAAUAUGUCUGAUCUUGACUUUUAUGUUGACUUCAUAACUUUUCACACCUGACUUUGUUUCUUUUUCCAUAGACACUUACAGAUCUUUUGUAUAAACCUUGUAAUUAAUUCUGUAUAAAAAAUAUACAUUGUCUUUCUCUUCUGUUA